AUGUCUUUAUCAUUUGUACAUGCAAGUCCAAGCCCUUGGUCAACUAUUGUUAAAGCAGGCUGGCUUCAGAAACGAGGUAAUUAAGUUGUUUAUGACCAUAAAUUAUUUUUGAUUUUCAUGAAAAAUGUAUCUCAAUCGAUAUCUACUAAGGCGCCAGAGAGACUGUUGCUUUUGAGUCCUUUUUGUCUGAAAUUAGAUGUGGAUUGUGACCAUUUGGGUGUACAGUGGGUAAGGUUUUGUGCUGUUACUCUGAAACCUGAGGGACUGGAAUAGGGUAUUCAAUUUGCUAUCCAGCCCAUAUCUGAUAGGGUGCGAUAAAAAAUCAGAAAUUCUGCGAUAUUUUCUGGGUAGAUUGUGCGAUAAGAUUAUUAUGCGAUAAUUAAAUUAUGUGAUUUUUUCAGGGCUAAUUUACAUUGUUUUACCAGGUUUCAAAGGAGAAAAACCACUUUAACGUUGUUUAACAGGCAAUUUGAAUGUAAAGGAAUAUAAGAAAACUUCUUAUUUUAAAACAAAACAGUUAAAUUUGUCCAAUUAUCUUGACUCGGAAAAGAAAACAAUUAGAAAGAAAGAAAAAGGAUGCUUGUUUAGUAUUCCAUGACGCCGUUACACGGCUAACCACACUGCUUGUCUCUGAAAUCAAAAUGGCUGCCCAGAUAUAGUACCGUGAUCGAAGGUUUCAGAUGUCUUGCACGGCUUUCUUUAACGUUAAAUCUCCUUAAAUAAAAUUAACAUUGGCAAAAUGUUUAGUUUAAGUUAGAAUUCAUUGUUUACUUAAUCUUUAGGGUUAAGGUACUAAAGGUAAAGGCACACACGAGUCAAAAGGUCCACACAGGCGGAGCUUAUACUGGUUUCCAGCAUGAAGCAAGCCUAGUAGUAUUGCUACUCCCCCCUGGACAGGAUGCUGGACGGGAUGCUAGUCCAUCGCAGGGUUACCCCCAUCAGUAUGUCUUGCAGUAAUUGAUGUCAUGCUGUUGCGGUGACCCUGCCAAUAAUUGGCGAAUCUAAUAAAAUAAAAUAAAAUAUGUCGCAGGUACCCAUUUAUACACCUGGGUGGAGACAAAGUGGAGUAAAGGAAACAAUGCGACGGGCAAGGCUUGAACCCCAGACCUCCAGAUCCAGAGUUCAAGGUGUUAACCGCUCAGCCACGCAUGCCUCCACCUAGACUUGCCUACAAGUCGAGCUCAAAUUUUUUCGUGAGUGCGAAGCUUGAGCGGUACAUUUUUAUGUUUUCUGCAGCAAAACCGAGUAAGAGAACGAGGGCUCGACUUGUUUCCCCUGCAGAAAAUCACAUCAAGUGACAUCAUUUUGGCAGGAACUAUUUGCGUCCCUGUCGCAUGCUUGUGUCCUCGUGAGCUGUCAAAGUAUGUCAAAACAAACAAAUAACGGAAAAAAAUUCCGAUAAGAGAAAGUAAAACGGAUAAUGAACAAAAGUGCCUUCUUGUGAUAUUUGUGAGUUCAGUCUCGAGACAUUUUGGCCCUUCAUCUGUGGAGUUCAAGUACAUAAGAAUCGUUGCAAGGUUUGCAUACGCCAAGAAAUAACAAAAAAAAACUUUGUAGUGUGUGUGCCCAAAACAAAACAAGUUGGUAAUGUAUUCUCACUCCAUGGCUACCAGGAAAAUCCGGCCUUGGUAAAUUAUGCAAAAAGAGGAAGAUAAAACGCCCACUAAAUCUUUGUAUUUGAAUUCAGGCAUUAAAACAAAAUCAAAAUACAGCCUGCACAUACACAGUUCAAAUGAAUUUGGAUCAAGUCACUUUUCAUGCGGCGUGAUUUAGUCUGAUUGACGGCGCAUCAGUAAAACCGUUUGUGAUUGGAUAAAACCUACAGGAGGAAAUUAAAAUUCCUCCUGUAAAUUUGGUGGGCUGCUGAGGGGCUGCAAGUCCUUCGCACUGGGGCCAAAUACCAGAACCGGAAAUGAGAAGCGAAGGACUUUGAGAAAGUCUAGCCUCCACCUAAUAUAGGGCCCGGGGGGGGGGGUACUUUAGGGUACUUUAGCUGAAUUUUGCUACCCUAUACUAGAGUAAACUUCCCAAAUCCUCCCUAUCCUAGAGUAGCUGUUUACCAGAAACUACUGAGGUCACUAGCACAGUUUAGCCAAAACAAAACCUUAUACCACAAUCCCUAGUCUAGAUAAAAUCUUCAACCAACUGAUCAGUUUCCUGAAAAAUGAUACCCUAUUCUAGACCCAAACACUCUGAUUUAUAUACCCUAUCUUAGAGUAAAUUGCUUGAAAACCAUACCCUUCACAGAGGCACAUACCUAUAUAGCCCAUAUAUGGCAGUACCCCCAGGAUAUAGGGUGGGUAAGGUGAAAUAUUUUGGUGUGAAAUUGGGCAAGGGUUAUGGGAAGCAUGCUGCACAAGUACUCCACCCUAAUUCUCAAGGAGCACCUUUUAACCUCAGUGCAGGAGUCAGUCCCUUUGCAGAGCAGAGCCAUUUUUUUCCACCAUUUUCUUUGCUGAAACCUCCCUCCUGAUCAUAAUAGCACUGUUUUUGUAACUGGAGAAAGAAUCAGGGUACUGUCUAUUGCAAAAUAGCAGAGACCGCAAGCUUGUAAAAUGUGUUAACUUUUGAUGUUGUCAAAGAUCAACAGUCACAGAUGGCAAACAGAAAACCACAGUUAGCUGUUGGCUAUAAAUUAAUGUUACUUGUAAUCUCUCUCCCCACAGAACAAUCACAAUCAAUUAACCAAUGCCAAAUAAUUUUUGUGAAAUCUUAUUCUCAGGGGAACACAUUAAGAAUUGGAGACCAAGGUAUUUUCAGCUUUGGAGUGAUGGUACUUUCAUUGGGUACAAGGAGAUUCCCAAGUCAAGAGAAACUGAACCUUUGAACAACUUCUCUGUUUACAGUAAGUACACUGAUAAAUAACUUCAAUCAUUAACUCCAAUAAUUGAGUAAGUAACAUUUAUCACAUAAGAAAUCACCACAGUAUCUUUCUAUGAUUAUGUGCUUAUACAUGUAUGUUGAUUUGAGCAUUUAUACAUGUAUACUGGCUUAUUACUCUUGCCAGUUCAUCAUCAAGUUGCCACGGUACAUGUAAUUUUAUUGACCAAUUCUAGGUUCUAUUGCAUUGUUUCUCCCCUACAUUGUAACCUAGCAACCUUUGCUCUAGGAGUGCUCAGCAGCCCCGCCUGGCACCUUUAUUUUUAUACGCUGUACAGUGUAAUAUAAUAUUGUGAGUCGCUGGUGUGUUUUUUCUUUAUUUAUUUUACCAGAGUGUCAAAUUAUGAGAACAGAAAAGCCAAAGUCAAAUUCAUUUAUUAUAAGGUAAAGUGUACGUUUAUUUUCGAGUGGGUGAACUCUCUCAAGUUUUUGUAAUAUUGGCUAGAUGAGAAGACAACGUUGAUGUCCUCUUUACUUUAAUGUAACAUCUGAGAUGUGUGUGAUGUAUGAACUCAUGACAUGAGAAGAGCUAAGACCUUACCAUGAAAGAAAUGCCCCUCCAUCUUUUGUAACAACAGUGUGGAUCCUUUCUGUUAAUUGCCUUCAAAUAAACAAACAAAACAAGGGUAAAGGAGACCAGGCUAAUGGCUCAAUGCCACCCCUUAAGAUCAUCUGAACUGAGACUAGAUUACAAGGCUGUGUUGUAAGGAAAAUUGAAGGGAGCCAAGUGCUCUGAGCCUGUGAAAUCCAAGGUACCCAGCAUAUGAUUUGUAUGCAAAAACUAAGAUUUUGUAGUCACCGGAGAGAAAAAGUUAGGCAAGAACCACAGGCUACCGGGCUCUGCAGGAGCACAGCCUUGGAUUAUCAACUCAGCGAGCAUGAGCUUGUGGUCCAGCAUUGGUUUGAGCACAGGCCUACUACUCAGCAGCCAGGGGUUACCCUGCUGACUUAACUUGGUGGCAGUAGGUUCCCAAGAACUUAGUGUUCAAGGCAUUGUUAGUAAUCAGCAUCAAUUUUCUCCUAACAGUAAUUUUUUAAUACAUAACCAAGAGAAAAGGUUACAAGAGUUAAUCCAGUGAUACCAAAUAAAAAUGUUUUGAUUUUUAACAGUCUCUUAACUAAUUCCUUAAGGAAAUGUAUGAAGAUCUGUCUGGAGAAUUUGUAUGCAGGUAUUGGAAAGAGAAAUUAGAUGAUGAUGACUCUUUAGGGAUAAAAAGUUACCAUGGAUGAAAUUUUGUGUAAUACUAUAAAAAUAAAUUAUUUUUAUAGUAUUACACAAGAUUUCAUUCAUGGUAACUUUUUAUGACUUUCAGUUCAAAGAAAAAUGAUUUGUGACAUUUUUGUUUAUCCACAGAUGUUGGCAGUGGACUACACUGAUAGAGAGGACAUUCCAUUUAGACAACCUUGCUGAAAGGUUUGCUGUUCAUGCACUCAAGUGAUUGCUUGUGGUUACAGUUUUUUAAUUAUUUUUUAAAGGCUUAUGUUCAAUUUUCCCCUUGCUCCUUCCCUCUUGAGUGCCUGGCAUGGAGGCUAAGGAAAGAGGCCCUCUGGGGGGUGGUAACAUAAUGUCCCUAGACGGAUUUUCACAACCUGUUGACAUGUCCCUGUCAGAAUUUUUUUACCAUUGUAUUUGGAAUUCCAGUUUCAAUACCUUCUUCAUGUCGCUUGUCCCCAUUUCAUCUGUCUUAUGUCGCUGUUCCAGGGCCUGUGUUGCUUGUUGAAAUGUUACCUUAACAGGGCCUCGUUCAGGAAAGACCCACUUGUUGCAUAGAUUUGCAUUGAAUGAAUGAUUUUCCGGUAAUCAGAGACCCAUGUUUUGCACAAAGGAUUCUGGGAUCGCCAGGGGGCAAGCAUUGCGAGUCGUUACAAAGAAAUGUGUGGCGUGGAGUUGUCUCUCCAUUAAAAGCGGUGUCUUUGGGCAGAGAAUGCAGCAUUUUGCCAUGAUUUUAUGAGAAACGGAGGUGACUAAUGUUAGGGCGUUGAAAUUUCAAGUUUCUGUGCGAUAAAUGCGAUAAAUUCUAUCGAUAAACAGUCCUUGCGUGCUAAGGUGAGGUUGAGGGUGAAAUUUAUGUUUACUGAAUUUACACAGUGAUCUACAUGAAGAAAAGGUCUCGAAAUAUAUAGUGCAAAUUUAGGUAUACAUGUAGGGGGAUUGGUUCAUUUAAGCGUUUAAGUUAUAAUUACGUGUGGUGAUAUUUACGACGAGUGUAAUUACGCUCGGCCGUGAUGAGCGCUGUGCGGCGCUGUGCUGGUUAUGACAAGACAAUCAUAGGUAUGUACGUGGCCAUAAAAAUAAAAAAUCCUCCUUUACUUUGGUAUAAACAAAGUGACCUGGUAUUUAACCAUUAGUAGAUGAGGCAGAAAUCGUACGAACGAGUAAGUGCCAGAUGUACUUACUGAGUUCUGUAUUGAGUCUCUUGUUUGGGUCUCUGAAAGAAGACUUAUGGUUCGAGUAUCUGGUCUUAAAAGAGUUCUCAGUAAGGCCUACAUAGGUCUCGGCUGGCCUGUUGUCCUCCUUUGCUACUGUGGCUUGGUAGAUCACGGCUGAAUUUAAGCAAUUACCGUCCAGAGCGCAAUGAGCUGGUUGACGGCAGUUACAAGCGUUAGGUGGUACGGCGUUUGUUUUCUGUAGGGUGGAUUUGUUGUGGCCAUCAAUUUUUUGCUUUAGAUUCAACAUGCAGUUGUAACUGAUCUUAACUGUGUUAGUACUAUGUAAGUUACGUACUAUAUAUUUCGAGACCAUUCAGUAAAUUUCACAGUCGACCUUACGCAAGGAGUGUUUAUCGAUAGAUUUCAUAGCAUUGAUCCCACGAAAACUUACAAUUUCAAAGCACCAACAUUAGUCACCUCCGCUUCUCAUAAAAUCACAGCAAAAUGCAGCAUUCUCUGUCCAAAGACACUGCUUUUAACGGAGAAACAGCUCCAAGCCAUACAUUUCUUUGCAGCGACUUGCAAUGUUUGCCCCCUGGUGAUCCCAUAUUCCUGUGCGCUUAACUAAGUCUCACAUUACUGGAAAAUCAUUCAUUGCAAGUCGCACUUUUAUUCAAAGCCUCUUGAGCUUGUAGCCUUGAUGUUAUUUUGAAUGGUUCAAAUACACAGUAAAUUUUGCUGUCACAUUUUGCAGAGAAGAAUGGGUUACUUCCAUUCAAGAAGUAGCUGAUAAA